GUGCUGCACCUGUAUUGUGACACGUGCUCCGUGCCCAUCUGCCGCGAGUGCACGGUGGGCCGGCACGGCGGCCACAGUUUCGUCUACCUCCAGGAGGCGCUGCAGGACUCGCGGGCCCUCACCAUCCAGCUGCUGGCCGACGCCCAGCAAGGCCGCCAGGCCAUCCAGCUGAGCAUCGAGCAGGCCCAGACGGUGGCAGAGCAGGUGGAGAUGAAGGCAAAGGUGGUGCAGUCGGAAGUCAAAGCUGUGACUGCGAGACACAAGAAGGCCCUGGAGGAGCGGGAGUGUGAGCUGCUCUGGAAGGUAGAAAAGAUCCGCCAGGUGAAGGCCAAGUCACUGUACCUGCAGGUGGAGAAGCUGCGGCAGAACCUGAACAAGCUGGAGAGCACCAUCAGCGCCGUCCAGCAGGUCCUGGAGGAGGGCCGGGCGCUGGACAUCCUGCUGGCCCGUGACCGCAUGCUGGCCCAGGUACAGGAGCUCAAGACCGUGCGCAGCCUCCUGCAGCCCCAGGAGGACGACCGGGUCAUGUUCACACCCCCCGACCAGGCCCUGUAUCUCGCCAUCAAGUCCUUCGGCUUUGUCAGCAGCGGGGCCUUCGCGCCGCUCACCAAGGCUACGGGCGACGGCCUCAAGCGGGCCCUGCAGGGGAAGGUGGCCUCCUUCACCGUCAUCGGCUACGACCACGACGGGGAGCCCCGGCUGUCGGGGGGUGACCUCAUGUCUGCCGUGGUCCUGGGCCCCGACGGCAACCUGUUCGGCGCGGAGGUGAGCGACCAGCAGAACGGGACAUACGUGGUGAGCUACCGGCCGCAGCUGGAGGGGGAGCACUUGGUAUCGGUCACGCUGUGCAACCAGCACAUCGAGAACAGCCCCUUCAAGGUGGUGGUCAAGUCCGGCCGCAGCUACGUGGGCAUCGGGCUCCCCGGCCUGAGCUUCGGCAGCGAGGGCGACAGCGACGGCAAGCUCUGCCGCCCGUGGGGCGUGAGCGUGGACAAAGAGGGCUACAUCGUGGUGGCCGACCGCAGCAACAACCGCAUCCAGGUGUUCAAGCCGUGCGGCGCCUUCCACCACAAGUUCGGCACGCUGGGCUCCCGGCCGGGGCAGUUCGACCGGCCUGCCGGGGUGGCCUGCGAUGCCUCCCGCAGGAUCGUGGUGGCCGACAAGGACAAUCAUCGCAUCCAGGUCUUCACCUUCGAGGGCCAGUUCCUCCUCAAGUUCGGGGAGAAGGGCACCAAAAACGGGCAGUUCAACUACCCCUGGGAUGUGGCGGUGAAUUCCGAGGGCAAGAUCUUGGUCUCAGACACGCGGAACCACCGCAUCCAGCUGUUCGGGCCCGACGGGGUCUUCCUGAAUAAGUACGGCUUCGAGGGGGCUCUCUGGAAGCACUUUGACUCCCCGCGGGGCGUGGCUUUCAACCACGAGGGCCACUUGGUGGUCACCGACUUCAACAACCACCGGCUCCUGGUCAUCCACCCCGACUGCCAGUCGGCCCGCUUCCUGGGCUCCGAGGGCACGGGCAACGGGCAGUUCCUGCGGCCGCAGGGUGUGGCCGUGGACCAGGAGGGGCGCAUCAUCGUGGCCGACUCCAGGAACCACCGGGUGCAGAUGUUUGAGUCCAACGGCAGCUUCCUGUGCAAGUUCGGCGCCCAGGGCAGCGGCUUCGGGCAGAUGGACCGGCCCUCUGGCAUCGCGGUCACGCCAGACGGGAUGAUCGUCGUGGUGGACUUCGGCAACAAUCGAAUCCUUAUCUUCUAA